CAUGACUGCUGUUUUGUUCCUUCUUCUUAUUAUCGAUUAAAAAAACGUCCAAAAGCCGGUAAAUGCCUUUUAAUCUGCAAUGUAAAGACACAUUCGGCUCCUUUUUUGUUCUUUGGUACAAAGUUUGCCUUUAAAGUUUACAACAAGGAUACUUUCUGUUUCGUGUCGGUGAAUCAUCAACAAAGUAUUGUGUUUUGUUUUGUGCAGCGAAUCAGAAUAAAUGCCGCAGUUGCUAGAAAACUAAAAAUAUCUCACGUUUUUGAAUAAUUUAAACAACCAUAUUUAAAGCAACUGAAAAAUAAAACCUUAUACCUACUAAACCCAAUGUGCAUAAAUGUACAUUACGAAUGAAAUUUAUUAAUUAAAUGUGCCAAAUCAAAGACAUUCCAAACUCCAUAUCAGCUCAUAUCUAUCAAUCAUAAAUUUAUAAAUUUCCAAUCUAAAUUUGCUCAUAAAAAAAAACAAUAUCGAAAAUAUGGACAGAAGAAAUUUUGUUAAUCCCUUUGGACAACGACCAUGGAUGGCAAAUACAGGUGCUGCAGCACCUGCUGGACAAACCAAGGGUCUAAAAGGUAUUGUAGCUGGCGGUAUAACUGGAGGAAUUGAAAUCUGCAUAACAUUCCCAACAGAAUAUGUGAAAACACAAUUGCAAUUAGAUGAGAAAGGUGGAAAAAAACGCUACAACGGUAUCGCUGAUUGUGUCAAAAAGACAGUUAAAGAACGAGGUGUCUUAGGCCUUUAUCGUGGGCUUAGUGUUCUUUUAUAUGGAAGCAUACCCAAAUCAGCUGCAAGAUUUGGAGCAUUUGAAUAUUUCCGUGGACAUAUGGUCGAUGGAAGAGGUCAGUUAAGUAAUUCGGGCAAAUUACUAUGUGGUCUAGGGGCAGGUGUGUGUGAGGCUAUUUUGGCUGUGACUCCAAUGGAGACUAUUAAAGUUAAGUUUAUCAACGACCAACGAAGUGCCAAUCCACAAUACAAAGGUUUUGCUCAUGGUGUAAGAACAAUCAUAAAACAAGAAGGAGUUUCUGGAGUCUAUAAGGGUCUUACACCGACCAUCCUAAAGCAAGGAUCAAAUCAAGCUAUUCGUUUCUUUGUUAUGGAAAGUCUAAAGGAUCUAUACAUGGGUGAUGAUCGAAGUAAGCCAGUUCCUAAACCAAUUGUUGGGCUUUUCGGUACCGUUGCUGGUGCCGCAUCAGUAUUUGGCAAUACACCACUGGAUGUGGUGAAAACUCGUAUGCAAGGUCUCGAAGCAUCUAAAUAUAAGAAUACAGUUGACUGCGCUAUACAAAUUUGGAAAAACGAAGGUCCUUUUGCAUUCUAUAAGGGUACAGUUCCUCGGCUGGGACGUGUAUGCCUCGAUGUUGGUAUAACUUUCAUGAUUUACGAUUCCUUUAUGGACUUCUUCAAUACAAUAUGGAAGUAAGAUUGAUGUAAUAAAGAUUGAGCUAAAUAAUGAGAUACUUAUAGAUAAGUUUAAGGUCCUAGUCGUUGAGUAUAAAAAUAAACAACAGUAAAGAAAAUGAAAAUUUAAACAAAAAUAUUUACACAUAACAAAAUCGACGAAAACUUAGCCAUGUUGCAGCAUUUUGUUUAUAAUUUUGUAAGCAUAAUUUACAACAAAAACGAAAACAAAAACAAAGAAAGUCAAGAACAUAUUUUUUUGAAACUAUUUUUUUUUAAAUGAUAAAUAUUGUAAAUUUUUGAGAAAAAAAAAUUAAAUUAAAUCUUCUCACCAAAACCUAUUAAAAAUAUGCUUUAAUAUUAUUAUGUCAAUACUUUUGAUGAAAGAAUUGACAAAUAAGAAAAUGUUUAAUUUUGUAAAAGUUAAAAUACAAAAAUAAUAAUUUCAAAAUAUACAAUUAUUCAAAGAAUAAAUAAAUGCUUCAAUGUUUAUACAGGAAAAAAAGCCA